CACGUAUCAGCACGCAUGGCCGAUGCCACGUUAACGGCUCAGCUACUGCCACGACUCGCACCCGAAUCGGUUGACUCGGAGUAUUUCCCUCCCUUUCUCUCUCUGUUUCCAAAUAGAAGACCAUGAACCGGGUGCUGCAAGCCUUCCUCCUUUCUCACUCCAAGGCUCCAACGUCCUUCUUCAAAACCCAGUUUGGAGAGCAUGGAAGUUCAAGUUGUCGAGCAAAUGAGAAACUUCAGAACCAUGUCAAAGUACCAUCGAAUAGGAAGUCUCUUUAUCAAUUUAGUGCUUUUUCCACAGCCAAAGAUUUGUCAACAAAGAAGUGUGUACCUUGUGACUCGAAGGAUAUUAGGGCGAUGGUUGAACAAUCAGCAAAUGAGCUAAUUCCCAAGGUACCAGGGUGGAAUCUGGUAAAUGAAGGUGGGACUUUGAAGCUGCAACGAUCAUGGAAAGCAAAAAGUUUCAUGAAAGGAUUGGAGUUAUUUCAGGCUGUCGCAGAUGUUGCAGAGGCUGAAGGUCAUCAUCCCGACCUUCAUCUUGUCGGUUGGAACAAUGUGAAAAUUGAAAUAUGGACACACUCAGUCGGAGGGCUGACUGAGAAUGACUUCAUACUCGCUGCGAAGAUCAAUUCCCUUGACCUGGUUCAUCUACUGAGACGGAAAGCUGUAGCCUAGGAGUAUGCACGUCUUGCUUUACUGCAAGGAACCCUCUCAGUCUGCCGACUUCCCUUGUGUAAGCAUUUCAUGGACUUCCUGUUUGUGAGCAUUUCAUGAAUGUCUACAUAUCUCGAUCAAUACUUGCCAUGUGGAUCAUAUUGUUAUAUGGAAUUUACCUUCAAUAUGGUUGCAUGCAAUAUGAUCUUGAUUCGCAAAAUAGCACAUGUUGGCGCCUAACAAAUAGAUAAUAAACCAAUCUCAUUGCCCCAGAUGAGUUAAAUAGCA